GCAGGUCUAAAGUAGUGCAGCGUCUCUGCCCAAAUAACAGAUGGAGGAAGAAGGCUCGUGUCUCUGUUGUGGAGACUCUAAAGCUGUGAUACUGAGAGCAGUAUAAGUAAACGCUGGAUGUCCUUGAGUAUGGAUGUUGACAUGCUACAAGCAUGUUUGUCCAGGAGCUUGUGCUGAAACAACGGACAGAGAUACUGCAUGCACUGUGCAGCAGUGGGUCAGCUGAGCAUUUGGAACAGGUUCUGGACAUACUGCUGUCCCAAGGGGAGCUCAUAUGGGAGGACUAUCAGAACGUACAGGUACCUGGCAGGGCACUGUAUACCAAUGCCAGGCAGUUGCUUGACCUGGUGCGUGCAAAGGGUGUGGAUACCUGUGAGCUCUUCCUUGCUGCUCUCAAACAGGUUCUGCCUGAAGCGCAGAGAGCUGACCUCUCUUUUUCAGGUUGCUGUUUAAAUUUAGAGGAAAAAAAAGAAUACCAGAGCACAUCUACUCAGACUCUUCUGACUCAACGACCCAGCCUGGUCAACAAACUACAAGGCUGCAUUGAUGGUGCUUUAAAUGCUCUUGUCACAUCGGAAUACUUCACCUCAGCAGACUGCGAUGAAGUACGGCUUCCUAUACACACCCCCUCUCAGCAGGCAAGGCGUUUGCUUGACCAUGUCAGAUCAAAAGGAGAAUCAGCAGCGGAGGUUGUACUGCAGUACAUUCAACAAACACAGGAAUCUGGAUCUCCAGGGAACCAGGAGACAUGGACUCCUCCCAAAGAGGUCUUAAAGUAUCAGAAGAAGCUCAGCAGCUCGGUGUCUGCUCAGUCCUGCUUUCUCAGUACUUAUGGAGGGACCAGCCACAUGUCUCUGGAUGACAUCUACACUGAAGGCCAGCUGGAACUCGGUCAUAACACUGCUGAUGUCCAUGGAUCUUUGGGCCUAGAGGACGUAGUUGGUUCAGUGGGUACAGUGAACGAGGAGGCUGACACGGUGCUGGUGUCUGGGGAAGCAGGUGUUGGGAAGAGCACCUUACUCCAGAGGCUGCACUUGCUUUGGGCUCGGGGGGCAGCUCUCCAGGACUUUCUCCUUUUGUUUCCAUUCAGCUGUCGCAGGUUGAACUCGGAGCACAAGGAAAUGUCUGUCCAGGAACUGCUGUUUCAGCACUGCUGCUGGCCAGACCGGGAGCAGGAGGAGAUUUUCCAGUUCAUCCUGGACCACCCACAUCUCAUUCUCUUCACUUUCGAUGGCCUGGAUGAGCUCAAGCAGAGCUUUUCAGAUGAGCACAGGCUCUGCUGCCCAACCCAACGUGCACCUGUUCACACACUACUGUUCAACUUAAUCCAGGGCUCGCUAAUGAAGGGAGUGCGGAAAGUGGUAACCAGUCGCCCAGAGGCAGUGGGCCCUGUGUUGAAGAAACAUCUUCGCAAAGAAGUCCUCCUGAAAGGCUUUUCCCCAAAUGGGAUUGACUGUUUUGUGAAGAAGCAUCACAAGGACUCCACUGUGGCAGCUAAGGUUCUGGAGUCCCUACAGACAAACACGGCGUUACUUGGACUUUGUCAUAGUCCAGUCCUCUGCUGGAUUGUCUCACAGUGCCACAAGGAGCUGCUAGGCUGUGGAGAGGGCAGCCCACAAACAAUCACAGACGUUUACCUUAUGAUCUUACAGCACUUUUUCCAGCACCAUAGCUCGCUGAAAAGCACCAUAGGGUUAGGUUGGCUUCAGGAGCAUCUAAAAACAGUCUUGCAUCUAGGGCAGCUUGCCUUUGAGGGGUUGCGGACCAGCUGUUACAUGUUCUCAGACACAGACCUGGAGACAUGUGGUGUAACUGAGAAGGAUAUCUGCAUGGGCUUUCUCAUACAAAGCAAAGAAAUGUCCUCCACCCACAGUAAACGCUAUGAAUUCCUCCACCUGACUAUGCAAUGUUUUUUUGCUGCUCUGUAUAUUGUUUUGUCAAAUAACACUGAGCGCGCAGCUAUCCCUAAACUCUUUGAGCUGCAAAACAUGAAGGAGACAGGUCUGAGCAGCACCUGCUUAAUGGCCUGCUUGCCUUCUACUAAUCAACAAGAGCAGGCUUCAGACGGAGAAGCUACAGCAGCUGAAACACCAAAUCUGCAAAUCACAGCCACUUUUGUAUCUGGACUACUAUCCCAGCAUCAUCGAAGUCUGUGGCGCCACUGCUGCUCCAGUGCUGUGAUGGAGAAGAGGGUCAGACAGGUGGCGAGAUGCCUGUCCAAAGGUAUGCAGAAACACUUUAAGUCCAUCCCUCAAGCCGUAGAGGGGGAGAAGAAGAGCAUGCAUGCAAUGCCAGGUUUUGUCUGGCUUAUUAAAUGCAUCUAUGAGAUGCAGGAGAGCAGGAUUGCUAAAGAUGCCAUGAGUAAGCUGGAAGUGGACCACCUGAAACUGACCUACUGUAACAUUGGUCCUGUGGAGUGCACUGCAUUAGCCUAUGUGCUCCAGCAUUUAAAGAAUCCAGUAGGCCUCCAGCUGGACAACAACUCUGUGGGUGAUGUUGGAGUGGAGCAGCUUCUUCCCUGCAUGCACAUUUGUAAUUCCCUGCAUCUCAGAAAUAAUAACAUCACAGAUGAGGGGAUCCGCAAACUGCUUGCCAAAGGUAUCCAGUGUCACAACUUCCAGAAAAUUGCGCUCUUCAACAACAAGCUAACUGAUGCCUGCACUCAACACUUUUCUCAUCUUCUGAAGACCAAGCAGGAUUUCCUUGCUCUGAGACUAGGCAACAACAAUAUAACAGAAGAAGGAGCAAAGCAGCUGGCUGAGGGACUGAAACUCAACCACUCACUGCAGUAUUUAGGACUUUGGGGCAACAGGAUAGGUGAUGCAGGAGCAGAGGCCCUCGCCAGUGCCCUAGAGAACAGCAAAACUCUGAUCUGGCUUAGCCUGGUUGGCAACGGUGUGGGGAGUGCAGGAGCGUGUGCCCUCGCCAACAUUAUCAAGAACAGUAUGUCACUGGAGGAGCUUUGGUUGACACAGAACCAGAUAACCAGAACAGGGGUGGAAUGUCUGAUUCAAGCCCUAGAGCAUAAUACGCAUGUGAAAUCAGUAUGGUUGAGAAACAAUGACCUCAGUUUGGAGGAGGUAGAGGAGAUGGCACAACGUGAAUCAAGACUAAUCUUCUGAUUGUCUAUUAAGUGGGUGAAGGACUGUGUAUUGCUUUAAGAACGGUUUCUAUUUAUUAAAGGAAAUAUUUUGUAUCAAAAUGUGAAAUAUAA